AUGACUACGGAGAACGUCCAAAACUACCUUUUAAACAGUGGAAGUGCGUUUGACAAGUAUCAAGACCAAAUCCUGGAGCACGUAUGCGGCCAUACGGAACGAUCACAUGCUCGCCGUGCGACUCGGAGAAUAUUCGCCAUACUUUUACUCAUGGAAGAGCCUCGUCUAAUUAUGGAUUUUGUCGAGCAAGGUAUUGAUGAUGGCGACCUCCCGCUUUCAAAAGUCCGUAUCGUUCACAAUAGCACGGAUGGGGAUAUAGGGGAUUAUCUCGCGAGAAGCACAAAUGACGGACCUAUCAUUAUCGAGAGGUUCUUUGAAUGGACUUAUUGGCAAGUACAAGCACCAAUAUUUCGGAAAGGGCGUCAAGCAGCAGAUUCUCAUCCUGUCCAUAUCUUUGGAAAGGACGUCAUCCUUCCGUGGACAGAAUAUGAAGAGCAUUACAGCGGUCAUUCGGAUGUAUUCCGGGUAAAGAUUCACAAUGCUCACAGUCGAUUGCAUGUCGGUGCUGAGCAAUCAUUUGCUUUGAAGUCCCUCAAGACUGUCUUGCCUCAGCAUAGGGAGCGAGACUUUCGACUUGAAGUCAAGGCCCUUUUGAAGGUGAAAGUGGAGGCUGUACAUAAUUCUCCGUUGUCCCCAGACACUCCACAACAGCCAUCCACCACGGUAUACAAUUUUGUUCCUGAAGACGACGAAGGCAAAGAUUACGGACGGCAUGGCGACAUUAAACCUGAAAACAUACUGUGGUUUAAAGAUGACAAGAGCCACCCAGGAUUCGGAAUACUGAAGCUGUCCGACUUUGGACUCACUACCUUUCACCGGGCAUGGACAACCGCGGUUAAUGUGGAAGAGGUCAGAGUCACUCACACAUAUUCAGCCCCGGAACAACAGACUGAAGAGACCCUUUCACGCCCAUUCGACGUGUGGUCCCUCGGUUGCAUCAUGUUGGAAUUUGUGACAUGGAUUCUACUUGGCUCCGAGGGUCUUACCAAAUUCGAAGACAAGAGACACCUAGAUGGGGGUCUUGGUAGCCCAAAGUUCUCCCUGGACAAUUUCUUUACCGUAUUCCAUAGGGAGCAUGCACCUAAAGCCCUAGCAAAAGUAAAGCCAUCGGUAGAAUCAUGGAUCAUACGAUUAAAGAAGCGACCACAGUGCAGUCAAUUUUUGACCGAUGUGCUUGACUACGUUCAGAACAAUAUGCUACUGGUGCAGAAAGAUAGUCGCGACACUGCCAUGGCUGUUAGCGAACAACUGAAGGCGAUGAUGUUAAAAUGCAAGAAGGACAAAGGGUAUGCGUUGCGGCGCGACACAUCAGAGCUGCAAGAUAGAGAAGCCGCCAUUGAGCUGACCUUUGAAGAUCAUGAGAUUCAGGAUCCUCAAGCUGGAUUGAAGGAAGCGAAGCACAAUCAAGCAGCUGGGCCCCAAGAUAUAUCAGGUGCGGUGGGUGAACAAGAAGCGUAUGUACAACAGUGGCUUCAAAUCAGCUGGCUGAGGAACGGCCUGCAAAAUUGGAGACAGGAGCUUGACAAGAUGAUCGCACACUCCGAUUCCCUGCGAGAGAUGAAGCUUUACUGCCCCAAUACAGGGAAGGGAACUGGCGAUUCGACCGAGACAACUCCCAUCAAUGCGAGCUUCGCAGACGAUGCAUUCCAGGUCGAGGCCCAAGCCUAUCGUAACUUGGAUGAAGCUCGUAAGCUGGAAGAUGCAGGCAGGCGCAUCCAUCAUCGACUGCUCGAAUUGCGAGGCGAGUACGACGAGCACAUCAGGGCCUGCGCAACCAUCAUUGAGGGUAUGGCUCUUGCAGCUCAAUUGGAUUGGAACAAGGUCGGCCGGGAAGACGCGUUGACCAAUCGGAAGAUAUCUCAGUCCAGCGUAGAUAUAGCGGAAGCGACCCGACGGGAUGGCGAGAGAGUCAGGACUAUUGCCAUUCUGACAAUGGUAUUCCUGCCAGCUACAUUUGUUGCAACUGUAUUUUCUAUGACUUUCUUCAACUGGACUCCAGGCGAAGGAGAGAGUAUUCUAUCUCCGUACAUAUGGAUAUACGCGGUUGGUACCGCAAUAUUCACAUGCAUAACGCUGGGUUCGUGGUACUGUUACGGAAAACACAGGAAACGUUACUGGGAAAAGACCGGCUUGGACGAUACUGGUAAUAGUGUUCAGGAUCAGGUGAACGAGCCACGUGGUGACCUCGACGAGAAGGAAUGUGAUGAAUACGUGGAGCAAGUCGAGCACCGUGAAAGCAGAUUCGACAAGGGCUAG